UAUUGAGAUGCCCCAAAAAUGCAAAUCCCAGCAACCCAUCGGAAACCCCAGGAAGCUGUCACCUAAAAUCGGAAGAAAAAAAGCUUUCCGCCACUCACCUCCUCGAACAUCACCAUCCAACGGGUUUUCGACCUUCACCAACCAUGAUCGAUAAAUUCAAGCUCGGAUCCGGUUUGAUUCGGUACAUCCGCGGAACGCCGGCAGUCCCGGCGAAGCCAAAAUUCAAGUACAUUCAACCGGCGAAAACACCAGCCCUUCGAACCCAGCAAUGCACAGCUGUGGCGAAAGACUACUACAGCAUCCUGGGCGUGAAGCCGUCCUCCAGCUUCCGCGAAAUUAAAAAGGCCUACUACUUGCUGGCCAAGGAGUCCCAUCCGGACCUACAGCAUUCGGGUUCCGGCACGCGGACGCCGGUUGACGAAGCCAAAUUCAAGGAAAUCACCGAAGCUUACGAGGCGCUGAUGAGUGAGCAGAAAAAGGGCGACAGUGUGAUAGCGCUCAAUCCGGAACUGUACCGGAACGUCACCCGUGAGCGGCAUAAAACGAUCGCCUCCAGCUGGAACGCCAUCAACGAAUUGAACUACGAGGACGUUAUCCUGACGAUUUCCUUCAAGGAAGCAGUGGAGGGCGGAAGACGUGAGUUGAAACUCCCCGUUGGAUCCAAAUGCGACAAAUGUUCCGCCUGGGGCAGCUUUCCACCGCUGGACAACGAGGGCAUGUGCAAGAUCUGCCAGGGCACCGGGAAGCAAACCAUCCAGACCGAAAACGGAACUCUUUGGAUGACGUGCAAAUUCUGCAAAGGCGUCCGGACCGCGCCCCAAACUUUGGUCUGUCCCAAAUGCCACGGCAAGGGAAUCACGUUGAAACCAACCCCGCUUAUGGUCAACAUCCCGAAGGGCUCACAAAACCGCGAUAUCAUCAAGUGCCGCGUCCCCGGCCAUCAGCGCUCGGUCAACAUCAUCCUGAACGUGCAGGACGUGGACCGGUUCCAGCGGGAUGGCCUCAACAUCCAUUCGACCGAACAGAUCACCCUGACCCAAGCAAUUCUCGGAGCAAACAUACCCAUCAAAGGUAUCAACGGUAUCUUCAACGUCCACAUUCCACCCGGAACGCAACCCGAGACGGUGAUGCGCAUCCCCGGCAAGGGUAUCUGGGACCUUUCGGCGCAGGAACGGGGUCAGCACAUUGUAAGAAUCAAAAUCAUCAUCCCCACGGAAGUGACUCCCCGGCAGAGACAUCUGCUCAAGGAACUGGACGCCACCCUACCGGGCGACAAUAAAUCGGACUCACCGUUUUCACGUUGAUUCCCCACUGGCAGUCGGUCCAGCGCUCCUUCCAGGCUCGCAGCAACAUCAACUUGAGGAGCGUCGUUUUGUUGGUGGUUUUCUGGUUGUCCAUGAUCAUGUUUUUCGGCUACUUGAUUCAAUAAAUGCGUCUGGUGGUUCACUUGAGCAACUGAAA